AUGUCCUCGACCACCGGGCUGCCGCUGUCGGAGCCGCCCAAGGGAGAGGCCACAAUCCUGCCGCACGAGAAGGUGUUUCCCAUCCAGAUCGGCUCGCAGCUGUUUCGUCUCUCGGGCGCAUCUAUCGCCUCUGAUGCACCGUCGUACUUUUCCCGUUUCUUCGAAGAGCAACUGAACAGCGGCCAGGAGGGCGUGAGGACGCUGUACAUCGACCGCGACCCCGAGACGUUCCAUGAGAUCCUCAGACACCUUCAGGGAUACUACGUACGGCCAAAGGAUGGCGCCCAUUUCGUCAAGCUGUUCGCCGACGCGCAGUUCUACAGCCUGCCACGGCUGAUAGCCCAGCUGUUCGAAUGCGAAAUCUUCAUACAGAUCGGGGACCGCCAUUUCCAGAUCCCCCGAGACAUCUUCUCGAGUCCCGGCGACUCGCCCAACUUCUUCUCUCUCGGCUUCGCCGUCUUCUUUGCGUCUCCGGCCUCGGUCUUCCCUGGCCUCGAGCGAGAAGGCCUCCUCCGUCCGCCGUCCAUCACGCCGCCCAUCGUCAGCAGCCGGUCUGGAGACAUCUUCGCAGAGCUCCUGCACAUGCUUCGUGGCUACCCGAUACACAUCCGCGACGAGGAGCACCGAGCCUGUCUCCUGCGCGACUGUCGGUACUACCACCUCAGGGGACUCGAGCAGAAGCUGAUCCCGCACGAGAUAAGCUACAAUCUCGAGCGGCGGCGGUCUGAGAUCACGGUGCGCCUGGAGGAUAUCCGUCCGUCCGGCGUCGCCUUUGUCCACGACGGGUCGCCUUCGUCGUCAACUGCCUCGACCAGUCCCGGCGGGUGGGUGCACUAUUCCCGCCCGUUCGUGGACGACGACCACUGCGAGCUGAUCAUCGAGAUCGGGAGCGAGAGCACCCUGAUCGACCUCGCAACGAUGCGCGCUGAGCUGCACGGGCUCACCAAGGCCCGGGUUACGAGCCUCUGCCAGGUGAUCGCGAACAAGAUGAACCUGCCUACCAACGCGCCGCUGGGCCUGCUCAUGAUGUCCGGCAACAAGGAGACCACCAGCGCCGCCGGCAACACCGCGCUCGGCGGAGACCGCAUCAAGAUCUAUAUCGACGGCAGUGCCGACAUCACCCUCGACGGCGAGCCCUUCCUCGGCGCCCACCCUCGAGACCUCAGCCACGGCAAUGCCGGUAACCAUGCCAGUAACAAUGCCAGUAACAAUGUCAGCAACAAUGCCAGCAGCGGCAUCACAAACGACAUCCAGGCACUCGCCUACCAGCCCGGCGCAUCCCACACGCCCCUGGAGGGCAACAUCUCGCCCCUGACCCCGUCGGCUCUCUACUCGCGACUGCAGGCCCCGACCGCAGUCCAGCCGAACCAGCAGCUGCCCCGGAAACGGCGCAGGGUCGACGGCGGCGACAGGAGCCGCCAGUGGAUUGUCGACAAGGGCCAGUGGCGCCUGCGAGUGCAUCCCCUGGGGCCGUCAGACCCCAACGCAGGCAAGAUGGAGGUCAUCUUCGUCGCCGUCAAGCUCGAGGCCCAUUCCGGCCAGCGAGGCCGCAAUGCCAGACGCGCCUUCAUCGCCUAG